AGGAAAAAACACACUGCAGAUCAAUUCCUCUUAUCUUGAUUUCCGCUGACGACAACGGAAUCUCACCAGGCGCCGUCGCUUGCCCAAGCCAGGCGAACCCUCGUUGCCGUCAUCGAUGUUGCGACACGCCGCGUCAACCGUUUUACCGCCGACGUCGUCUCCUCUCGCCUGUUGCAGCAGACGGUGAUAGCAACCACGCUGCUCGCCAUUGCGGGAGUCCUGCUCUACAUCCCGGCGGCACUUGGCUAUCUGUUCCUGUACUACAAGUAUCUUCCGGAGCUGGUGACCACGGUGCCGGUGCAUUUACAAUAUGGAGUCGGCCCUAACCCCUUCGGCAUCGCCUCGCUCGAGGGCAUCGCAAACCGCCAACCCUAUGACAUCACCGUCUCACUCUCCCUCCCGCGCUCCCCGGCGAACCUUGACCGCGGCAACUUCAUGAUCGCCCUGCACCUCCUCUCCCCGGUUCCGACCGCCGACUCCACCAAACCACAGACCAGCAGUGGCCUGACGCUCCCCUACCUCCCGCCCGCCAAUCCGAGGCCAGACGCGUCCUCCUCCUCGUCCUCGUCCUCGUCCUCGUCCUGGCACUCCCUCGACACCCUCCUCCAGCCGACCCGCCUCGACCUCCCCUCCUUCCUCGCCUCCCACACCAUCGUGCACACGACCACCCGCCCGGCCCUCAUUCCCUACGUCGACCCGCUCGCCUCGCAAGCGACCCGGAUCCUCUUGCUCUUCUACCACAUGCUCUCCCCACGCGCCGCCGCCACCGUGCACCUCGACGUCCCCAUGGCCGAGGGCCUGUCCUUCCCCUCCCGGCGCCGCCGCCCCGACAGCGCCGCCCCGCCGUUGCCGGAGAGCCUGCUGCUGGAGGUCCAGGCCGGCCAGGGGAUCCAGGUGUACGACGCCCGCGUGACGCUCGUGGCGAGGCUGAAGGGCCUGCGCGGGCUCAUGUACCGGUGGAAGGUCACCGCCUUCGUCGUGAUUACGGGGGCGUUUUGGGCGGGGAGCAUGGCGAUGCUGGCAUGCGUGUUUGUUAUCGUGGGGGUCAAACUGGGGGACGGAUGGGAAGGAGGAGGGGUCAAGGACUCCGCGCAUGAUUCCGAGCAGCAGGCGAGUGACGAUGAAGGCGGGAAGGGCGGCGGCCGGCGCUACACGAAGGGAGAGAGGGCUGAGGAUGGGGAGAGGAGAUCCAAGGCUGGGAUCUCGCCUUCUUCUGCCUCUGACAGAGGCGAGGUGGCUGAGAAGUCGGUCAAGAAAGAGGAAGGGAGUGAUGAAGGGGACGCGAUGGCGAGAGUGCCUCAGUUCGAGACGGGACACAGCACCGAAGCCGAUGAUGAAGCUGAAUCUGAGCCUGGGAAGCCGAAGAAAGGGAAAGGCAAGGAGAAGGAGGUGAAGGAGGUGAAGGUGGAGGAGGUAGGGGCCGAGUCGGAGGACUCGGGUAUCGGUACCAGCUACAGCGGUCAAGCGAGCAAGGAGGGCAUCAGGAGGAGGAACACCCCCGCUUGACAGGGCAAUCAAUUGGUCCUCCCCAAGUGAAAGAAAAACUAACUAAUAAUAAUACAAGUCCUUGGUGUUUUGGCGCCUCUCCUCUCUUACUUGGAGACGACUAAGAUACCUUUACGGUAACUACAUGAGCC